AUGAGUCAAGAUCAAAAUAUGCACAAUCCACCUUAUUCACCACAAGAAGGUUACCAACCGUAUCCAGCUCCACAACCAGUUGGAUAUGUACCUUAUCCAACUCAACCACCAGUCGGAUUUGUACCUUAUCCAGCUCAACAACCAACUGGAUAUAUACCGUGUCCAACUCAACCCGGUGGUGUCUAUAGUCAAAAUGAAAUCUCAUUUCAACCGCCUCCUGUAUUACCACGUCCAGACUUGGCUAAAAAUGAUGAACAAGGUGAAGUUCAAUGGGGAAAUUUUAGUGGUCUUGAAAGCAAAGAAAUUCGUCGUGUAUUCAUUCGAAAGGUUUAUUUUAUUCUUAUGAUUCAAUUAGCAAUUACAUUUGGUCUUAUUGCAUUAUUUCAAUUUACACCAACGAUUUAUCAAUACGUACGAAGUCCGAAUGGUCAUUGGCUUUAUUUAGCAUCAUAUGUUACUUUUUUCGUUACUUAUAUUGCAUUGGUUUGUUCAAAAAAUGCAGGACGCAGAUUUCCACUAAAUCUUAUUUUACUCGGCAUUUUGACAUUAUCAAUGGGUUACAUGAUGGGUAUGAUAGCAGCACAUUAUGAAAUUGAAUCAAUAUUAAUUGCUGUUGGUAUAACAGCAUUUGUUUGUUUUGGUGUUACAUUAUUUUCAUUUCAAACAAAAUAUGAUUUUACAUCAUGUGUCGGAAUCUUAUGGAUUAUGUCAUUGGCACUUUUAGCUUUUGGAAUUGUUUGUAUUUUUACUUAUUCAAGAUUAUUGUAUACAAUAUAUGCUGGUCUUGGAGCUGUAGCUUUUUCAAUUUUCUUGGCUGUUGAUACACAAUUAAUUAUGGGUGGAAAACGACAUGAAAUAAGUGCUGAAGAUCAUGUUUUUGCAUCACUUAUGCUUUAUAUUGAUGUUAUGUAUAUAUUUUUAUACAUUCUUACUUUGUUUGGCAAUCGAAAAUAA